CAGGUUCAUUUCCGAGUCAGCCACAUGUAAACACAGGAUUAGUGGGUGGGAGUGAGGUGUGCUGUGAUGCAUAAAUAGAGGAUUGAGCUCAAGUGGCACAGGCAGAAGCUUGGACUGCGUCCGGAGUGUCUCACACAGGCAGUGGGAGGGGAAAUCCAGAUUCACCAUGGAGAAGAUGUCCGUGUCAGCAUUCCUGCUCCUGGUGGCCCUCUCCUGUGCAUUGGCCAAAGACACCACGGUCAAACCUGGCACUAAGAAGGACGGGAAGCCCAAGCUGCCUCAGACCCUCUCCCGAGGCUGGGGUGACCAACUCAUCUGGACUCAGACAUACGAAGAGGCUUUAUACAAAUCCAAGACAAGCAACAAGCCCUUGAUGAUCAUCCACCACUUGGACGAAUGCCCACACAGCCAAGCUUUAAAGAAAGUGUUUGCUGAAAAUAAGGACAUCCAGAAGUUGGCAGAGCAGUUUGUUCUCCUCAACCUCGUUUAUGAAACCACAGACAAGCACCUUUCUCCCGACGGCCAGUACGUCCCCAGGAUCAUGUUCGUCGACCCAUCCCUGACAGUUAGAGCUGACAUCACAGGAAGAUACUCCAACCGUCUCUACGCCUACGAGCCUUCUGAUGCAGCUCUGCUGCUUGACAACAUGAAGAAAGCACUCAAGUUGCUGAAGACUGAAUUGUAGAGAGAACAAUAGCAUCUGUGAACUCUUCCUAUUGGGCUUCGAGCUUUGGGACCAGAGAUUUCAGAGGAGCAGAGAAUACAGAAGUACAGGUGGACAUAUGCUAAAAUUACAUUUUUUUAAAAGUUGAUUUCAAGUACACUUGUAUGAAAAUAUUGUAUGUUACCAUGGUGAGCCAUAAUUUUCUAAAAAAUAAAUCCUUUUGGGGGUGUUCA